ACGAAACUUUUUAUGAAUUUCGUUUGAUUGGCAACAGUUACAAACCAAAAUAAAGAUGGGUGAACAAACAAUUUUAAAAUAUUGUAUUCAUAAAUAUUCCAGUCAUUCUGCUACAUUUGUCCCAGAAAAUAUAUUAACAGAUGAACCAAAAGACGGUACAUCUCGAUGGUCAUCAGAAUCUAAUAAUCCUCCUCAGUUCCUAAUUCUUAAAUUAUUCAACCCAGCUGUUGUUCAAGUUAUCAGUUUUGGAAAAUAUGAAAAAAGUCAUGUAUGUAACAUGAAAAAGUUUAAAGUGUAUGGAGGCCUUUCUGAUGACAGCAUGAUAGAAUUGCUGUAUAGUGGUUUAAAGAAUAACAACCAGACAGAGAGUUUUAACCUGAAACAUACUGCUGGUGAAAAUAUGUUUGCUUGUCGUUAUAUUAAAAUUGUUCCAAUCCAGUCAUGGGGCCCAAGCUUUAAUUUUAGUAUAUGGCAUGUCCAAUUGAAAGGUAUAGAAGACUGGAAUAUAGUGAAAUCCUGUGUCAGUUGGUUUAGUUAUUAUAGGGAGAGGGAAGCUAUUCGCUUAUGUUUGAAACAUUUCCGGCAGCAUAACUAUACUGAAGCUUUUGAAUCCUUACAAAAAAGAACUCGUGUUCAGUUAGAAGAUGCUUUAUUGACGAAACUUCAUCAGUGCUUGGUUAUUGAUGGAGAUUACAUUUCAGCAGAAAAGUUAUUGAUAGUUGCAGCUGAAGAGGGAUAUCUAGACCAUUAUCUAAUACAGCAGACACCAAAACCGAAAUGGGUUCCUCUGAUACCAUCAAAAAGUUCAGAAAAUACCAGCAGUAGACCUGGAAUGAGAGGUGGUCAUCAAAUGUGUAUUGAUGUUUAUUCUGAAAUAAUAUAUCUUUUUGGUGGCUGGGAUGGGACGACAGAUUUGGCUGAUCUCUGGAGUUACCACAUACCUACUGGAACAUGGACAUGUUUGUCUCAAGAUACUUCUUGUGAGGGUGGACCCAGUCCUCGAUCAUGUCAUAAAAUGUGCCUUGAUCCUGAAAGGAAAAAAAUUUUCACACUAGGACGGUACUUAGAUUCUGUAAUGAGGGCAAGUUUUUACUUAAAUAGUGAUUUCUAUGUGUAUGAUAUUGACUCCAAUCAGUGGACACUAAUCACAGAUGAUACAGAAAAAAUGGGUGGCCCAAGCUUAGUGUUUGACCAUCAGAUGUGCAUAGAUGUAGAGAAAAAUACCAUUUAUGUUUUUGGUGGAAGAGUCGUUACUAGCAUAAGUCCCAGCUCACCAGAAACGGUUUGUGCAGAACCUGUUUAUUGUGGUCUAUACUCAUAUCAUGUUCCUACGAAUACUUGGUGCAAACUGCGUAGUGAUAUGUCAAAAAGAAAUCCCAGUGAUGAUAUCUCAAAACGAAAUCCAAAUGAUCGUGAAAUUAAAUCACGAAUUGGCCAUUCAAUGUUAUUCCAUGAAAAAAGCCGCUUGUUGUAUAUAUUUGCUGGUCAAAGAAACAGAGCAAGAGAAUAUCUGAAUGACUUUUUUGCUUACAAUGUUGAUACAAAUCAAAUUACCAUUAUAUGUGAUGGAUCAGAUACAGAAUUUCCACCUUUAGCUUCUACUGCAAGAGCAACCAUAGAUCCAGAACUCGAUGAAAUUCAUGUGCUAUGUGGUUCAAACCGAGAUAAGAGAGAAGAAUAUGUAAAGGAUUCUUUCUGGGUUUAUGACAUUAAUCACAAUAAAUGGUCUUGUAUUUACCAGAAAUGUGUCAAAGAUCAAGAAAAUGCUACUAAAACUGAACAGCCUUCGGAACCAUGUCCAAGAUUUGCUCAUCAACUUGUAUAUGAUCAUAUCAGAAAAAUUCAUUACAUGUUUGGGGGUAACCCUGGAAAAGUGCAUUCUCCAAACAUGAGGUUGGAUGACUUCUGGUCUCUGCAAUUGUAUCGCCCUACAAAAGAUAUGCUUUUACGGCAGUGCUGCCGUAUUAUUAGGCAACAUAAAUUUCAAGAAAUUGCAUCCAGUGAUCAAAUUGCUGCUCUCCAAUACUUACAGACAGAACUUGCUAGUACAAUAGAUCAUCAAAACAUAGAUGAAGCAAAGGAGUUUCAGCUUUUGGCUUUCAAUCUUUUCAAAGAAAAAGAAGAAGAAACUAAAGAUGAACUCAGCGUCGAUGAAACACUGAAACGCAGAAACCAGUUAUUUGAUCAACUUACACAGUUUUUCCCAGAUCACAUGACACAGCCAAAAGACAACCUUAUAGACUUAAUUUCUUUCUAAAUAUUUAUUAAACUAUAUGAAUACAUGAUUUUUCGUAUGGCUACUUUGUGCCAAUUGUACAUUUUCUGUAAAAUAUUUAUGUAGGAAAAAAAAAGUAUACUUCUAUUUUUGGAGUUAUUUUAAGUUCAUUAAAAUUGAACUGUGAAAAUAAAAAUAUCUACUCCAUCACAUAAAAACAUUUAUAGUUCUGUUUUUCUGUUUGCAACAGAGAUAUCAGACUCAAAAUAUUGUAACACUCUCUAAAGGAAAAAUCCCAUAAUCCACCAUAAACUGUAUAUAGGUAUUCUGCAAAUAUAUUUAAAGGGAAAAAAAGUUGGUGAAUAUUUAUUCACGGUUUAAUUAUAUAUUUUAAAUUGUUUAUACUUUAAAAUCAUCAUUAUUGCCGAUGUAUAAAGUCUUUUUAAAUAAAAUUUGAUCAUGUUUUGAAAA